CGGUGGGGUACGCGCGGUAGGCGGCGGGCCGUUCGCGUAGUGCUGCACGAUGGUCGCGGCGGUAGUAUGCCUUUGUUAUCAUCCGAUCACGUUCUCGCCAGUUGCCCGGUGAACACGAAUUCGGUCUCGACGCGCACCAACGUCGCCAACAGCAGAAUGCCCAACAUCAAGGUGUUCAGCGGCACGUCGCACCCGGACUUGGCGCAGCGGAUCGUCGACCGGCUGGGCAUCGACGUCGGCAAGGUGGUCACCAAGAAGUUCAGCAACCUGGAGACAUGUGUUGAAAUUGGAGAGUCCGUCAGAGGUGAGGAUGUUUAUAUUAUACAAAGUGGAAGUGGUGAAGUAAAUGACAAUUUAAUGGAACUAUUGAUCAUGAUAAAUGCUUGUAAAAUAGCAUCUGCAUCUCGAGUAACUGCUGUCAUACCAUGUUUUCCAUAUGCUAGACAAGAUAAAAAAGAUAAGAAUGGCGACAUCCCCGAGAAUGGCAAUAGUAGAUCAAGGGCAACCGUCAAGUGCAAUGAAUGGAAGUUUCGGAGUAGAGCACCUAUAUCAGCUAAAUUAGUAGCCAAUAUGCUGUCAGUAGCUGGUGCUGAUCACAUUAUUACUAUGGAUCUCCAUGCCUCUCAAAUACAAGGUUUUUUUGACAUCCCUGUUGAUAAUCUAUUUGCUGAGCCAGCUGUGUUGAAAUGGAUAAAAGAAAACAUACCUGAAUGGAGAAACAGCAUUAUUGUAUCACCAGAUGCUGGUGGUGCUAAAAGGGUCACUUCAAUUGCUGAUCGGUUAAAUGUUGAGUUUGCUCUUAUCCAUAAAGAGAGAAAGAAAGCUAAUGAAGUGGCAUCAAUGGUAUUAGUAGGAGACGUCAAGGAACGUAUUGCUAUCUUGGUCGAUGAUAUGGCAGAUACUUGUGGCACAAUAUGCCAUGCUGCCGAAAAAUUAACUGAAGCCGGUGCUACAAAAGUAUAUGCAAUUCUAACUCAUGGUAUAUUUUCUGGCCCUGCAAUAUCUCGUAUUAAUAAUGCAUGCUUUGAGGCAGUUGUAGUUACCAAUACCAUUCCGCAAGAUGGCCAUAUGAAAGAAUGUCCAAAAAUUCGUUGUAUAGAUGUAUCAAUGAUGUUUGCUGAAGCAGUUCGACGGACUCAUAAUGGCGAAUCGGUUUCAUAUUUGUUCUCGAAUGUCCCUUAUUAAAAUGUAUAUUUUCUAUUAUAUCAAACCUUGUUGGACAAAUCAAAUUUUUGUGUUCCAUUUGAACUGUACAGUUAAAUCAAAAUGGAGAAUAUUAACUACAUUCCUGUACAGUUUAUAUAUCUGGCUCAGAAAACAUAAAUAAAAUGAGCAGUUCACUUAAACAAUUACUUAUGAUUUAAGAGAAUUAAAUUUAAAGAUAAAGACGUUUUUCUGUUCAUAGUAGUGGUAGGUAUUUUAUAAAUAGUUUAUUGGCUUGUUAAUGCUCCCAUGGUUAAAUUUAUUCCAUAAAAUAAUUCAAAGCGAGCAAAUGAUAUGUAUUCUUAACCCUUACAUCUUAAAUUUAUACUCAAUAUGU